AUGACUCACUUCACAGGCGAGAGCAGCGACGGCGCCGCUGCUCGUCGAAAGGCCCCUGACUGGCCCAAGAUUUGCGACUACCGGUGGGCUGCAGACGAUUCCUUAGAGCUGCAGGUGCUCUGGCCGAUCCUUGACAAGCACACUUGGGUUGGUGAGACCGUCCUGCACCGUAGAUUCAAGGAGCUGUUGCUCGACUUCUGGCGCGACGUGGGCGGCCGUCCAGAGAACCCCUUCGACCCGGAGGUCUACCAGGUCUACGCCGUCAGAGGCCAUGCGCGGGACAAGCUGAGCCGCCGCAAGAUGCUGCAGAUCGAGUGGACGGGCUACGAGACGCUCACCUGGGAGGACCAUCGCACCAUGCGCCGCGACGUGCCCGAGCUCGUCGACGAGUACUUCCAGCAGCUCGACGAGGCCUCGUCGUCGUCUUCGUCGUCGUCGGCGGCGUCGGCAUCAGCUGCCAAAUGGCCCAUUCUGAAGUAG